AUGUUGGCACCUCGCGUGCUUGGUCUCCUCAUAUGCAGCUACUUCGGGCUUGUUUCAGCAGCGACUCCGCUGAGCUUAGAGGGCAUCCCAAGCUGCGCUAUCAAAUGCAUGCUUCAGUCGCUUCCAGAGGCAAACUGCUCGGCGAUAGACCAGGCUUGUCUUUGUACAGACACGAAGUUCAGUGCUGCCGUCGAGCCUUGCAUACGAUCGCAAUGUAGCGUCAUAGAGACUUUGGCUACCACGAACGCAAGCUAUUCGCAGUGCGGCAAAUCUUCCCGCGACGAAACGGUAAAGGUCCGCUGGGUCGGCAGUGUCGCCAUCGCUAUUGCAAGCGUAUUCAUGGCGAUGAGACUUACGACCAAGGCCGCGAAGCUAUCAGCCUGGGGGGCCGAUGAUACAUGCGCGAUCGUGGCAUUCGUUCUGGUUCUUGCUGUGUAUGCUGAAUCCUUUUACCUCACUGAGGUAGGGUUUGGAAAAGAAGUUUGGACGCUACAUGAUUAUGAGAUUACCUCUUUUCUCAAGCUCUUAUAUUUCCUCCAGCUCCUCUACCUUGUUCAGAUUGCCCUGAUCAAGGCAUCAAUUUUGUUCUUCUUCCUGAAGAUAUUCCCCGAUAGACGCUUCCGCCAAUGUCUCUGGAUUGUACAAGUUCUUAACCUGCUCAUCUGUUUGGCAUUUGUCGCUGUCGGCUUUGGCCAAUGCCGUCCCUUUUCGUAUUUCUGGACAGGCUGGGAUGGCGAGCAUCAAGGGUCGUGUCUCGAUGCGACCGUGACCGGUCUCGCUCACGUCGCUCUCAAUAUUGCGCUCGACAUAAUAAUGCUUGUCUUACCUGUCACUCAGAUCUAUAAGCUGCAAAUGAAUAAGCGGAAAAAGAUUGGCGUCAUGGCUAUGUUUCAAGCCGGUAUCUUCCUUACCAUUGCAAGCAUCUUGCGAAUCAAAUCUCUGGCCAACUUUGGAUUAUCUCUAGACCUUACCGCCGACUCUGUACCCGUCGCUCUAUGGACAUACGUCGAGAUGGGAGUGGGUGUCGCUGUAGCAUGCAUGCCUAGUACCUGGCAGUUGCUGAGGUUGAUCCCAUCCAAGGUGACGCAGCUAAAGACCACGGUGGCAACGAACAUUGGUCCAUCCGGCAGUCGUGCGAGUCCAAACUCAGCUGUGUUUCCUGACAAGCCUGUCAAGAUGUCACUCUUGGAAACUCGGUCGUGUCGCUCCAACUCGACAACGAUGCCUUCAUCGUCGAGCCCGAGACGUCCCAGCGACUAUGAUGAGUGGAAGGUUGGGCAGGCAUUAUGA